GAGCGGAGCGCACGGAGAGAGGACACAGAACCGACACAGAGCCGAGGAGGCGGCGGUGCACGGAACUGGUGCCGAGACCGGACAUGGUUUAAAAACGCGUCGCAGUCCGGAUAAAGGAUCAUGACAAAGGUGACUUGAGACCCACCACAGAAGAGUGAAACUCCAUAUGCUGCCUGGAUAUUAGGAAAUUCCUUCCACCAGGAUUUAUAAUCUAACAUGGACUGCAUUUGAAAAAAAAAAAGGAAAAAGCCGCCUUCACAUUUGGGAUUUACUGCAUUUGAUUUGGAUUCGAUGGGUUUCCUGUGCUGCUCCGAGGCGUCAUGGAAGGUCUGGAAGCUCUGAGAGAAGUUUAUUCUCUGAUAGUUUCUGCUGAGUGUUAGUGACCCAGCAUGUAGCAGAGGUGAACAAGUCCCUUCACGCCUGGGAACGAUCUGACAGCAUAAUGGGGAAUUCAUAUGCCGGGCAGCUGAAGUCUGCUCGAUUUGAAGAGGUCCUCCACAACUCGAUUGAGGCUUCACUGCGUUCGAGCAGCGGAGAUCCACAGCCCAUCUUCACACAGCUCUACCUGGAGCCGGAGCCGUAUCCUGGAAACAUGGAAGACAUUAAGCCGAAAGCUGAAAUCCAUGGCGUGGACCCCCCGGGCCACGGCCUCAUCAACGGUCACUCGUCCAACGAUCUCGAGGAGCCGGAGGAUGACGACGACUCCGACAGCAGCAGCCCUCCGCUCCCCUACCUGCAGGCACCUGCACCAGAUGGCUGCUGCACACUGGACGGGUUCUGUCAGGCGGGCAAAGACCUGCGCCUGGACUCCAUAGCAACAGAGCCCAUCGAAGUCCCAGCAGGCUUCGAGCUGGUGGGAGCCAAGUCCCCCAGCGUCCCCGAGCACAUCCUGGUGUGCGCUGUGGACCGCCGCUUUUUGCCUGACGACAACGGGAAAAAUGCACUUUUAGGUUUUUCAGGAAACUGUGUGGGCUGCGGUGAAAAGGGUUUCAGAUACUUCACUGAGUUUUCCAACCACAUCAACCUGAAGUUAUCCACCCAGCCCAAGAAGCAGAAGCACUUAAAAAACUACCUGGUGAAGAAUUCUCAUGGUGCUCUGUGCAAAGGACCCCUCAUCUGCUGGAAAGACUGUAAAACCCGUCAGUUGUCCAGCAACGCGUCCACCUCCAAACUCAGCUCGUCCUCCUCUCUCAGCAGUAAAGAAAAUGGAGGCACCAGUGGACACAGCUCCUCUCCCUUCUCCCUCUCAGAUUCGCCACCCACCAGAACGACGCAAGCAUCCUCUGUGUUUUUCGGAGGUCAGGACCUCAGCAGAGACUGCAGCUUCCUCAAACCUCUAUCCUCCACACCUGGAAACAAAACUCUACCAAUAGUACCUACAGCUCUGAGGGUGAACGGGCCAACUAACGGACUGGGUGUCGAUGGGCGUCCUCCCUUAAUGAGCCCGUCCCAGGUGUCCUUAGGGCCUCAGGCUCAGGGGUAUCGUCCUGCUGAUUUAGGAGACAGUCCAUUAUCUUCUGUCAUGAACUCGGGUCCACCAAAGAAACGCCACCGGAGCUGGCAUCCCACCACGUUGGUUCCGGUCCCACCAACAGCCGUCCCCGUUCCAGCCAUCCGACCAGUCGUUUGUUCCCCAGGUGCUGUACUAGGAGUGUCCUCUCCUCAGCCGCCAGUAGCUGCAGUCAUUCACCCCCAACCUGUCACGGUCGGAGAGACUGUCAUCAUCCCCGACAACCUGCUCAACUCUUCGGGUGUUCGUCCUGUCAUCCUCAUCGGACAUGGCACUUUACCUUAUUUCUAUGGGAAUGUUGGGGAUAUAGUGGUGAGCCCCCUGCUGGUCAGCUGCUACAAGAGCAGCCAGCUGACAGAGAAAACCCUGGAGACUUUGGGCCUGAACAGGAAUCAGCUGCUCAGCGUGGAGACAAUGAUUCUGCUCACUUUACAGUAUCUUGCACGUUUAGGCCCAAAUCAGAUUCCAUUGCGGGAGGAGCUGGAGCAGAUCGUCCUGAAGGCCAUGCUGUGCUGUCCUGGGGGUCCCGCCAUCUCACUGUCCCAGCUGCCCUGGUUGGCUCGGCUGGAGGCCAGCGUCUCCGGGGGAAGCGUCCAAGUCGUGGUUACCCACAACUCUUUGGGAGAGGGCAUCUCCGAGUCAUUGCGCUCUCUCAGCGAGGGGCCCCACCCCCAGCAGUGCCUGCCCACAUAUGUGGUCAUCAUAUGUGCCUCGAAAAUGAGCACCAACGAGUUCUGUGUGCUCGUUUUGGGAAAGUAUCAAGCACGGGCCUUAGCUGAAGGAAUGCUGACAACUAAUGAGUUCCUGAAGGAAAUUAGCUAUGAGCUCAUCACAGGGAAAGUCAGCGUCCUGGCGUCUCACUUCAAAACCACAUCAUUAGGGGACAAUCUGGACAAGCAGCUGGUGCGAUACCAGCGUCGACGGAAGGGACAGGUCAUCCAGCCCUUUCAGGGGGAUGUCACUGACCACAUCCACUCGCAGGAGGCUGCCAGCAUGUCACCGCCCUCAGACAGAGCAGCAGAGCUCUUGAGUAAGGUGUUCCAGAUCUAUCCGACCCAGCUGAGUGUGGCCCGCAGCCUCCUCUCUCAAGUCUGCUCCAUCGCAGACUCUGGGACCCAGAACCUCGACUUGGGUCGCUUCUGUAAAGUGGACUUCCUUGUUUUGGUCCCACCUUCUCACAUUCUGGUACACCAGACGGCACAACGCAUCCGACAAUCAGGAGUGCUUGUUGACCUGGGAAUCGAGGACACCUCCUCAGCCUUUCAGAAAUCAGACAAGUAUGUGGUGCGUCUGGACAAUGAUGUUCACGCCAAGAUGGAGGCCUUCAUGAGGAAAGUCAAACAGAACCCCUACACGCUGUUUGUUCUCAUUCACGACAACUCACACGUCGACCUCACAAGCGCUCUGUCUGGGUCUGUGUGCCACGGCGAGCUGCAGGGUCUGGCUGACAGGGUGGUGAACUGCCAGGAAGUCCUCAAUGCCAUGAACCUGUUGGUCCUGCAGGUCAGCUGCUUCCCACACACGCUGCAGACGCGUCAGUCCCGCAUCAGCAUCCACAACGAGGUUCACUGGCCGUCCAGCAACAGUCUGCAGGGAGAGCAGUCCGCCCACGAGUUGGUCUACUUUGGCCUGAGGGACUACAGCAGCUCCCUGCAGUGGGGCGUGGCCAGUCCCAUUCUGCGCUGUGAUGAUGCAUUUGAGAAGAUGGUCCACACUCUGCUGGAAAGACAUCCGCACCUACACAGCAUGGUGAUCCGCAGCUACCUGCUGAUUCAACAGUACACUGAGGCCAUGAUGGCUCUGACCUCUUCCCCGUCCCUGAGAGACCACAUCACCCCGGAGACUCUGGCCAUGGUGGAGGACCUGAUCAAUGCCCCGAGCAGAGAGGGCUCCCAGGGGCGGGGCCACAUGCUGCUGGUCCGUGUCCCCUCGCUGCAGCUGGCGAUGCUGGCCAGGGAACGACUGGAGGACGUGAGGGAUAAGCUGGGGCUCCAGCUGUGCUUCGCCGUGCUGCUGGGGAGUCCGGCCUCUGAACUCAACCUGCACCGAAAUUUCACGAGUCGUCUCAGGGCGUGGCGAGGCUGUGAGAAUGAGGACUGGGUUCCUCACACCUACGAGGAUCUGGAAGGGCUGCCCUGCAUCGUCAUCCUCACAGGGAAAGACCCUCUUGGAGAGACUUUCCCCAGGUCUCUGAAAUACAGUGACCUUCGUCUGAUAGACUCCAGCUACCUGACUCGUACGUCCCUGGAGCAGGAGGUGGGUCUGGCCUGCACUCAUGUGUCUAUGGGUGUUGUCCAGGAGCCCAAGAAGGCCAAGGGCCCCCGGGAGUCAGAUGGAGAAAAGGCUGCCACCAGCGUGAAUGACGGGGAUGAGCUGGAAAGACCUCAGAGCAACGGCAGCGCAGCAACCAGAACAUCAGGUUCUUUGGCAGAGAACAGAGUCAGUUCAUCUGAUGUUGCGGACUCUUUCCAGAAACCCUCCACUUCCACCUGCCUCACCGAAAUUCCUGCAAUCUCAGACAUCGGCACCAUGACACAAGGGUUCAAGCAGGAGUGUGAUUCACUGGGUAGCCAGUUCUCCACAAACCCCACCAAAGCCUCCAAGGCUCCUCCUUCCCUUUGCUCUAGCUCCGCUUCUUCCUCCCCCUCCCCAUCGUCCUCCUCCACCCAGAGGCCCAGCCAAUCGACACAGUACAGCCGAGACCCCAAGCCCGCUCGAGUGUCACCGCGGACUGUCAUCAUGUCCCGGGCGGCGUACAACCUGCUGGCGGGCGAGUCGGGGAGUCAGCUGAGCUCCUUCUCCCUGCUGCCUCACGCAGAUGUAGCGUGGAGCAGCCCACUGAGGCCCCUUAUCACUCAAAACCUGCAGGGGGCAGAGCAGAGCAUGUACUACCGCCAGUGGACCAUCACCAGGCAGCAUCAUGCUGAUUAUGAAGCUCCGCCUGUGCCGCAUCCACGACGUUUGUUACUCAGCGGACCCCCACAGGUGGGUAAAACCGGAGCCUACCUGCAGUUUCUCCGUAUCCUGUUUCGGAUGCUCAUCAGACUGUUGGAGGUAGAUGUGUAUGAUGAGGAAGAGGAGGAAGAGGAAGAAACAUCAGAGGUAACGACUCCAGGAAACACCCAGUGGCCGGACAUUGAGGACGUUCGAAAGCUGCCCUUUGACCCUUACCCCCGAGACCCUAAGUUCAAGCAGGCCAGCCCUGUCUUCUCUCAUAAGAUGCCAAAGGUCUUACAAGAUUUGAAUCAGGAAGGCGAGGGCCAAACACCAGCCAAGCGAGAGACCAAGUCCAUACGUCUGAGCAGGUUCGCCGCCCACAAUGCCUUUCACCACUGCGAACAGUGUCACCACUACUGUGAAGCGGGCCCCGCCAUGCAGCUGUCGGAGUGCACCUUUCAUGCCUUCACCUUCUGCUCAUCCAUGCUGGGGGAGGAGGUCCAGCUCCAGUUUGUCAUUCCCAAAGCCAAGGAGCAGCACUUUGUCUUCAGUCAGCAGGGCAGCCACCUGGAGAGCAUGUGCCUGCCUCUGGUCUCCAGCAAGGAUCCCAAUAUGUUGAAGAGUCCGAUCUUCACGCCGACCACUGGACACCAAGAGCACGGCCUGCUCAACAUCUUUCACGCCAUGGAGGGCGCCACCCAUGUGCACAUCCUGGUGGUGAAGCAGUGCGAGAUGCCGCACUACAGGAAGUACUGGGCGAACCACAUCCUGCUCGUCCUGCCGGCCAUGUUCAACAAUGCCGGAGUUGGUGCUGCUCGCUUCAUGAUCAAAGAGCUGUCAUACCACAACCUGGAGCUGGAGAGAAACCGACUAGAGGAGCAAGGUGUCAAGAGGCAAGAUGUAUGGCCGUUCAUCGUCAUGAUGGACGACUCCUGCGUGCUGUGGAACGUCCACCAGUCAGCGGACAGCAGUGAGUCAUCAGAUGGAAGUUCCAACCUCAUCAACGUGUCUCUGAAGACGGUGCUGCAGCACAUGGAGUCCACGCCAAAGAUCUCCCUGUACGCCAUGUGCGGGACUCGCAAGUGGAGCAGCAACCUGGCUCGCAGGUCUCCCAGCCACCCCUUCAGUCGGUGUCAUCUCCACGACUUUGUCAUGCUCAACGUGGACCUGACGCAGAAUGUUCAGUAUGACCUUAAUCGGUAUAGCUGUGAAGAGGUGGACUUUAAUCUAAGGGUGAACAGCAGUGGGCUGCUGCUGUGUCGCUUCAACUACUUCAGCCUGAUGAAGAAACACAUUCCAACUGGCGGGAACAAAGACUUCCUGGUCAAACCUAAGCUCAUGGAAAUAGAAAACCCCGCCCCAAUCAGCCCGUCCCAGUACGUUUGCGCCCCAGACAGCGAGCAGACCCUCCUAGAUGCCCCGGCCCAGUUCCUGCUUGAAAGGUUCCUGCAGAGCUGCAGCCACAGACUGUUUCCAAAAGCUGUUCAAAACAGAAACAACCCAGUUCUGUCCAUCGACAGCUACCUCAACAUCAGCCCGGAGAUUUCCGUGUGCUACUUCAACUCUCGUCCACACUCCACCAACCUGAACCAUCAGGGCCUGGUGUUCAGUGGCCUUCUGCUUUACCUCAGUGACUCCUUCGUCGUCUCGGGACUCCUCAGGAAAUUCCGCUUCCUCAAAGGUGCCACUCUCUGUGUGAUCUGCCAGGAUCGAAGUUCCCUGCGUCAGACCAUAGUCCGGCUCGAGCUGGAGGACGAGUGGCAGUUUCGGCUGCGCGACGAGUUUCAGACCGCCAACUGCAGCGAGGAUCGGCCCCUCUACUUCCUGACUGGCCGCCAUGUUUGAGUCUGUUAACAUGGUCGGGUCUGCCGCUCCGCUGCAGAAGCACAAUCACAGACAAGGGUAGAUUUGAUUCCAAACCAGACGUCCGACUGCAGGAUUUGCUGGAGCUGAGUUUGUGGACGCAUGGUGGCCCGAUGUGGCUUUUAUUCAUCUGCACUACCACAGUGCACUAUGCCUGGCUCUGAAGAGGGGCCAGUAGAAGCUUUUAACUCUUGCUUGUAGCUGAACUCGUCUCUACUUGAGCUUGUGUUUCACUGACAGCUGAAACUGAACAUGAUUUGUUUUUGUUGUAUUUGGCAAAAAUGGACGCUGUUCGAUGGAUAAUGUGACAAUUUGAAGAUUGUAUGUGUACCUGGACUGUGACUACAGUGUGUCCCAUCCAGGACAUAAAGUACGUGUUUAUCUCAGGGUUUUUAAGGGAGAUCAAAUGGUGGUUGCUUAAAAAGGGGUUGAAGCUUUUUCUCCCCGUUCACAGUGUAUUUUUUUGGCAUUAACGCGCUGGCACCAAAGAAAUCCUCUACUGCACCUUCUCCUUGUCCCUUCUCACCUGCUCUGCCUCUAAAACUCCACGAAGAUCAUCCCUGUUUAAAAAAUCAGCUCAAACACAAGAGGUUGGAUUUUGGGGAUUUCUAUCAUCUAGAGGAUCAGAUUCUACUGUCCCACCAGUGAACCAAACUAUAAUCUAUUUAAGCAAAAUGCACACUCUUCUUCUCUUGUGACUCUCAAAUACUGUGGCACCCUCUGACAAAUAGCUAUGACAGAGUGAGUGUGAUGGUAUUUUCCAAAUGAUUUCAUCCAAAAGAAUAAAUUCAUAACAGAAGAAAAGUACAAAUUGCGUCCAUUCAAGGAGGCAGGGCAGUAAUGUUACCUUAGGGAUUAAACACAAAACAGGUCUGCUCUCCAAAAGUCAAUCAGAUGGAGCAGCAUGGAGCUUUAUUCCAAAUGUCAUAUAUGUUGCAUUUAAAAGACAUUUACUGGCUUUAAUAUUGGGCAUUUUCAGCAUAAUCAGAUAAAGUCAGCAAAUGCAAUAUAAAAUAUAAAAAGCCUCUUCACUGCCAAAACCUUCUGUCGUCAUUAAAGCACGGAGGUAUAAUCAAAGAAAAGGGUACACACUGUCAAAAGCACCCGACCAGGUCAAUUAUACAUAUGUACUUGAAAGUCGAAUGUUUUAGUAUUUUUCUGCACAGGGUUGUCCAAAGAAUAUGCCUUAAGUGACUUCUCACAAUGUCACUGCCCAGUUUGACGCAUUUUUCGGAUCAAUGAGAAUGAAGAAACCAUUGAACUGUGAGGAGAAGAGAUGUCAGUGUGAACGAAAGACUUGGAUUUCAGACUACUGUACUGUUUAAAGCUUUGUUUACAUUAUUAAUAUAUUGUACCCCCCCCUUAACCGCUGAGGGUUACUGAUGUUUUUUUUUUAAGUCUCGUGUAACUUUUGCCAGUAUUUUCUUUGGUCAAAAAUGUCUUUCUGCAUUUUAUGUUGUGUUGUAAAGGCAAGAAGAAUCUACCUAGAUGUGUCCUUAACCAUAUGUCUGUGUCCCUCCCUGUUCUUGUUGUUGGAUCUUUUUUGAUUGAAAAUGAAAGUCAAGUCCACGAGGGAUUCUUAUUUAUUUGACAAGCAUUUUGGACUGAUAAUCAUACUGAAGUGUAAUAUUUUAUUGCAUGCCGAGGGAGCGUGUCCUCCUCAAGAAACCAUCCAAAUGAAGGCUUUGCACAAGACCCAAAGAAUGAUGCGUAGAUUUACUGAAUGUCGGGGGGGGGGGUGUGUGAACUUGCACUAUACAAGUUGCCAGCAGAAAAAAAAAAAUCUCAUAUCAGCAAAACAAUUAAAUUAAAUUCCCCAACCCCUCAGAAUUGCUUAUCGAAAUAUGACACUGGCGAUCAAAACUUUCUUUUUGUCAAACUGCAAUGGUCCAUAGAAUGUAUCUUUCUCUUCUUUUUGAUAAUUUAACACUUAAUAUGCAACUUGCUCUCACAAUCUUCACUGAAAUACGUUUGAUGACCAUGUACAGCCCAUUAGUAGCUUUGGUGUCUGGGUGAUCUACCUCAUGUUUACCAUCGUUGUUGUGGGUUGUGAACAUAUGACGUUAGAGCCAUGCGAUUGUUGUUGGAAAUUUAUGAAUGUAAUAAAAAUGACCUCUAAAUUUA